AUGGUAGCUCUUUUAGUACGAGAAGAGAAUAAAACAACUUUCCAGUGGUGUGUGAUGGUACCGCUGAUUUUCCACCACCUGGCUAUUGGCUUCGUGCUGUCCUAUCCUGCAAUCCUGACUCCAGCCAUCACUCGUAACACCAGUGAUGGUACAGAAGUGCAUGCCAGUAAAGAUGAAGCGUCUUGGAUUGCUGCUGCAUACAGCAUGACAGGUGGCAUAGGUUUCCUCAUCCUCCCACCGCUGAUGCAGAUCUAUGGCAGACGCUUCAUCAACGUUACCAUGAACCUCAUCAUACUCUCCGGAUGGAUCAUCAUCGCUCUGUCUCCAAACGUUCCUCUUCUCAUCACCGGCAGAGCCAUCCAGGGCCUUUCAUUCGGAGGUCUGUACAUCUGCAGUAUAUUAGCUGGUGAAUACAGCCAUCCCAAACGAAGAGGAUUCUUCAUCAUCUUCAAGAUUACUGCUACAAGCGUUGGAGAACUGAUCUGCCAUGGAUAUGGAUUUACAGUAUCCUGGAGACUGAUGGCUUGGUUAGCUUCAAUCCCACCAGCUUUAGCCGCUUUAGGCACUAUAGUUUGGCCAGAAAGCCCUUCGUGGUUGGCUUAUAAAGGGCGUUAUGACGAAUGCGUUUCGUCAUUCGAGUUGAUAAGAGGCAAAGGGACAGAAUCGAAAAGAGAAGUACAAGAGUUGAUAUCAGCGCAACAAGAGUUAAAAAAUAUAAAGAAAUCUACAACAUCAGGAGUGUUGCUAAGGAAUCUACAAGCGAUGAAGACCAGAGAGUUUCGGAAACCAUUCACAGUAGUUUUAAUAAUCAUAAUUUUGACCCAAGUGUGUGGUAGACAUUAUUUGUUGGCGUAUGUGGUGCAAAUCAUGAUAUCGUUGACAGGAGAACAAUCUAAAGCGUAUUACUACACAAUAGGAUUGGAUACCUUGAAAAUUGUAGCGGUUCUGACAUCAAGUUAUAUUGUCAGAAUUUGUAAAAGACGGACUUUGUUACUGGGUACUGGAACCAUAGCAUGUAUGCUGUUAAGCUUAGUUUGUUUUUUCCAUUUAUUGGUACAAGAAAAGAUCAUUAAUAAGACUUGGUUGACACCUAUAUUGUUAAUUAUCUAUAACAUAGUAUGUUACGUAGGUGUCAUACCAGUUUCUAUGGUGUUGAAAGAAACCAAGGAUAGGACGCUACAGAAUAUUGAACUGGAGUUUUUAGAUAUAAAAGUGCCUAAAGGUGACAAUGGAUUUGAGUUGAGUACUGGUGUUAAUAGUAAUUUUUUGGCUGUCAAAUAG